AUGGAGAAGAAAACGCCGCCCCUGCUCCUCCCAGGCUCACCCCACACCCUUCCGGCUGAACUACCAAUCAUCGCUCCAACGGGUUACAUGCAGGGAGGGAUCGACAGAAAAGCUCAAAGCACUGCCAUCACGGCCCCCCAAGCAAUUCCCUCAUUCGGCAUGAGCCCCGAGACGAACCCGCCGGCCGUUGGGCCGGCUGAGUCCGGGCUGCGGGAGCAUGGGGAGCCCAUUGUCACCCACCGGGUCGGGACUGGCUGGAAUCUUCCGCUGCAUCCACUUGCCAUGAUUUACACACAUCACGCAUCAUCACACGCGGCUGAUGUUCCAUCAAAGCAAAAGAACUCAGCCGCUCGUUGGGCGAUGACGAGCAUGGUCACUUCAACGCUGGUUCUGCUCGAGAGGGUUACUCUCGUACCCACAGAAACCUCACCGAGCAGCCGAGCUCAGCUUGACAUGGAGCGGAGAUUUGAAAGAGCAUAUAACUACCGCUUGAUAUUACUCACCUUCAUACCACACCACAACCGCCCCAGCUAG